GUUCACGUCCACUUGAUUGUUGAAUUACGAAAAAAUAACUAAAAUUGUGGAAAUAAAGUUGAGAUUUUUGUUUUAUUUUUGAUAAGGCCAUUGGACGAUCUUUUCAAAAUUGAGGGCCAGGAAUUUUGGGACAAUUCACUCGUUCUGGGUAAAAUAAUGCUGGAGACGCGAUCGGCUGUUUAUAAAAUGCUGAAGCCAGUGGCUAAUGAAGAAAGAAGAAUUGUAAAUUGGCCUCCCCCGUUUUCCAGUUCCAUAACACCUUAUAAGCAGCGAGAAUUUAAUAAUCUAGUGCGUCAGGCGUGCUCAUCAGCGGCAACAGUCCCAAGAAUAGCUAAAGUAAUUGUUCUGGGUGAUGUAGCAGUCGGAAAAACGUCUCUGGUGAAUCGCUUCUGUCACAAAAAAUUCGAUAACAACUACAAAGCAACGAUCGGAGUGGACUUUGAAGUCGAGCGAUUUGACAUUCUUGGAGUCCCCUUCAAUUUACAAAUAUGGGAUACAGCGGGUCAAGAGCGAUUCAAGUGUAUCGCAGCAUCUUAUUACAGGGGUGCCAACGUGAUAAUGAUUGUCUUCGAUCUCGGGAGUUUAUUCACCCUUUCCCACUCUAAACAGUGGCUCGAGGAGGCGAUGAAGAGCAAUACUGGACCGUGUCACGUGUUCUUGGUGGGAACAAAGAGAGAUUUGCUGUCGAAUCAAGUUUACGAGAUAAUCGAGAGACGCGCAGUAGCAGUGGCCGAGGCAAUGACGGCCGAGUACUGGGCGGUAUCGGCCAAGACUGGUGAUGGUGUUCCUGAACUAUUCUCUCGCAUUGCUGCACUGUCGUUUGAAGCAACUGUCUUGAGGGAAAUGAAAUCCUCGAGGAGUGAACAUGUGACUCUUGGGUCAGACCUCAUAAGUCUUAAGAAGCAUCAAGACGUGGAGAAGAAGGAGAAGAGGCUUACAAAAUGGUUGAGAUGCACCUCCUAAUCAAGCAUUGAAUC